AUGAAAUCCUUUCUGAUUCUGUAUGCCUGCAUCGUGUGCACGCUAGCUCGUCCAGAACCGGAACCGCCCCGUGCACGCAUUGUUGUGCCGGCGAAACAACAACAACUACCGCAGUACGAAUAUGGGGCACCUAAACCAGAGUAUGGUCCACCAGCAGAAGAGUAUGGUCCACCACCGCCUGCCGUGUACGGUCCACCGGCUCGUGAAUAUGGUCCACCGCCCAAACUGAUCACCAAGAACGUUUAUGUGCACGUUCCACCGGAGGAACCAACCGAAAUCAUAAAAAGUCCCGUCCUGGAGGCACCCAUUGCUAAGAAACAUUACAAAAUCAUCUUCAUCAAGGCGCCAGCACCGCCAGCACCGAUCAAGCAGGUGAUUCCGCCGCAGCCGCAGGACGAACACAAGACCCUCGUAUACGUGCUGGUCAAGAAACCGGAAGAUCCCGUUCCGGUGGAAAUUCCGGUGCAAGAAACGACCGAACCCAACAAACCCGAGGUGUACUUCAUCAAGUACAAGGAGGGCGAAAAGGAACCCCACAAGCAGUACGGUCCACCAUCGCCAUCCUAUGGUCCACCGUCCGGUCCGGCGCGGUAUCAGCAGUUCUAG